AUGGGCACCGCUCACAGCUCACUGCAGAAAUGCAUCGACGGAGUUGGUAACAACAGGGCCGGCUUUGCGGGUUUCCCCAACAACCCGCUUACCUACCAGCCGGUUUGGGUGCACGCAUAUAACCUCGACAUCCCCAUCACUCCCGCUGCAGUCGUCCGCCCGCAGACUGCCGCUGAAGUAUCAGGUGUCAUCAAGUGCGCGUCCGCACAUGGUGUGAAGGUGCAGGCCAGGUCUGGCGGCCACUCGUAUGGGAACUAUGGGCUCGGCGGCGAGGACGGAGCCCUCGUCAUCGAUUUAGUGAACCUCAAGCAGUUUAGUAUGGACAACAGAACCUGGCAGGCCACCAUUGGCGCAGGCACCAAACUAGGGGCCAUGUCGAAGAGCCUACACAGGGCAGGCGGAAGGGCCAUCACUCACGCUGUUUGCCCUGGCGUCGGCAUCGGCGGACAUGCUACUAUCGGAGGCCUAGGCCCGACGGCUCGCAUGUGGGGAUCCACGCUGGACCAUGUGGUUGAGGUCGAGGUGGUGACGGCCGACGGCGAGAUCCGCCGGGCAAACAGCUCUCAAAAUUCAGACCUCUUCUGGGCACUCAGGGGCGCCGCGUCGGGGUUUGGCGUCAUCACCGAGUUCGUCUUCAAGACACAACCUGAGCCGGGCAACAUCGUCCAAUAUGAGUACAGCGUCAAGUUUGGGAACCCGGCCGAGAUCGCCCCAUUCUACCUGAAGUGGCAGGCCAUGAUCGCCGACCCGGCACUCGACCGCAGGUUCGGCACCAUCUUCAUCCUGCUCCCGUUCGGCGCCAUCAUCACCGGCGACUUCUACGGCACCAAAGACGAGUUCACGGCCACCGGUAUCCCUGGUAUGCUACCGCAGGCCUCGGAGAGUAGUCUUGUCAUGAACGACUGGCUGGGAUCGCUCGCACACGGCGCCCAGAAAGGAAACCUGUACUUGUCCAGCCUCCCGGUGCCCUUUUACUCCAAGAGCAUCGGCUUCAAGAGGGAGGACGUGCCGACGGCCGACAAGAUCAAGGACCUUUUCCAGUGGGUGAACGACCAGGACAAAGGGACAGUCGCCUGGGCUGUCAUUUUCGAUGCCACCGGCGGUGCCGUGGGCGACGUGCCGAUGAAUGCCACCUCCUUUGUGCACCGCGACAAGAUUCUCUACUACCAGUCGUAUGUCGUCGGGCUCCCGCUGUCCCAGAAAUCCAAGGACUUCAUCGGCAACUUCCAUAACGAGAUCCUGAGCAAGUGUUCGCCCAAAGCAUACGGAACAUACCCUGGUUAUGUCGACCCGGGGCUGCCGAGCGCGCAACAGCAGUACUGGGAGUCAAACUUGCCGAGGUUGCGAGAGGUCAAGGGGAUCUGGGAUCCGGCUGACUUGUUUCACAAUCCGCAAAGUGUUAAGAAGGCGGAAUAA